AUGACCAAGACUGUUGAUGAAGCUAAGGUUCUUAUUGAGAAUCUUGCAGCUAGUGAUUGUAACAACUGUCCUGAUUAUGACCGCUCAAGCCGCACCACUACUAGCUCCCCUGAUUCUUUUCAAAUGACUGAACUCAAGAACAUGAUGGCUCAAGUUCUUAAGGGACAGCUCAAGCAUAUCAAUGCAAUAGAAGGGAUGAGUGAUGCUAAUGAAGACCCAUCAAGAGAAUGCAUGGGAGAUUUCUCUAAUGAAGCCAAUGAAGAAGAUGUGAACUACAUUGGAAACUAUGGGAACAAGGGAUACAAUCCAAGCUAUCGCCCAAACCCCAACAUGUCUUAUAGAAACCCCAAUGUGGAGAAUCCUCAAGACCAAGUGUAUCCUCCAAGGUAUCCACAACAACAAAGACCUCCUUACCAAUCUCAAGGAAGUCAAUUUCAGCCAAGGCAAGGAUAUGAGCAGAGAUCAUCAUAUCCGCCCAAGGAGCCAUAUGCUUCUUCACCAAAUCAAGCUCCUCCAAACCAACAAGGUGGGAGAUUUGAAGGAAUCCUCCAACAGAUCAUGGAUGGCCAGAAGAGAAACAAAGAGAUGUAUGAGAAGAUGGACACUUUGUUCAGCAAUCUCAACACCAAGUAUGAUGCUGUUGCCACUCAUGUGAAGAAACUAGAGACUCAAGUCACUCAAACUAUGGAAGCUGUUAAGAGACAGGAAGCUGAAUCCAAGAAGUCCUUUUGCAACUCAGCCGCCAUAGAAGAAAGAUUUGAAGACCAAGUUCCAGAAUGGAUGCUUUCAAAACCUACUGUUGAUUGCAUGAUUUGGCCUGAAGAGAAUUACCCAGAGAGAGAGUCCAAUCGAGCUAGAAAGAGAAGACUCUUCCCAAAGAUUAUCCCCAAGACAGAUAACUCAGGAAAGUUUGUUGUGCCUUGUAUCAUCAAAGGUAACAUUCUUGAGCAAUCUUUGUGUGACACAGGAGCCAAUGUGAACAUCAUGUCUAAGAGGAUAGCUGACAAGAUAGGCCUCACCAAGAUAGAGCCAUCAUCCAUCUCCAUCAACUAUGCUGAUUCAUUCUCACAAACCCCUAUGGCUUUGUGCCUAAUGUGA